CUACACUCUAGCAGGAACCAUUGCAGCAAGCGGCACAGCAGCAGGAUCAACAAUGGCUGCUGUUAUCGACAAGAUCAAGGACAAGGUCUCUCGCCACGAGGAUCGCGGCAGGCCGAGAGUGCUAUUCAUCCUUUCUUCCCAUGACAAAAUGGGCCAUCUCGACAAGCCCACAGGAUGGUAUCUUCCCGAAUUCGCUCAUCCAUACUACAAGAUAGAGCCCUGGGCCGAUAUUGUGGUAGCCUCUCCAAAAGGAGGAGCGGCGCCAUUGGACCCUGCCUCUGUUGAGAUGUUCAAGGAGGAUGCCGAGGCCAUGAAAUUCUUGAAAGAGAAGGAAUCACUCUGGAAGAACACGGAAAAGCUGAGCAAGUAUAUUGGCGAGGCUGAUGAGUUCGAUGGCAUCUUCUAUGUCGGCGGACACGGACCGAUGUUCGAUCUUGCUACCGAUCCAGAAUCCCACACAUUGAUCAAGGAGUUCUACGAGAAAAACAAGGUCGUCUCUGCAGUCUGCCAUGGACCUGCCGCACUGGCCAAUGCCAAGUUGACGGACGGGUCCUACUUGGUUGCUGGCCACGAGGUGACUGGAUUCACAAACACUGAAGAGGAUCAAGUCCAACUUUCCAGCGCCAUGCCGUUCAUGCUGGAGACUCAGCUCAUAGCCAACGGAGGCAAGUUCGUUAAGGCGGAGCCAUGGCAGCCAAAGGUUGCCAUAAGCGGCAAGGCCAACAAUCUCAUUACUGGCCAAAAUCCAGCAAUUGAAGUACAGCAGGAGUCGACAGACUUGGAGUUUGCUGGGCAUAUGCCCGAGUGGCAGUUUCGAUUCUAG